CGGGGCGGCGGCGGCGGCGGAGGCGGCGGCGGGGACGCGGCUGGCGCUGGCACCAUGAACCCGCUGUAACGCGCAGGCUGCGCGGCGCGGGGGGCGGGGGGAGGCGGAGGACGGCGCUGCGAAGUUCUCCGCCAUGAACCUGAGGGGCCUCUUCCAGGACUUCAACCCGAGUAAAUUCCUCAUCUAUGCCUGUCUGCUGCUGUUCUCUGUGUUGCUGGCCCUUCGUCUAGAUGGCAUCAUUCAGUGGAGCUACUGGGCCGUCUUUGCUCCCAUAUGGCUGUGGAAGCUAAUGGUCAUUGUUGGAGCCUCGGUUGGAACCGGAGUCUGGGCACGAAAUCCCCAAUAUCGAGCAGAAGGAGAAACCUGUGUGGAGUUCAAGGCCAUGCUGAUCGCCGUGGGCAUCCACCUGCUCCUGUUGAUGUUCGAAGUGCUGGUCUGUGACCGGAUCGAGAGAGGCAGCCACUUCUGGCUCCUGGUCUUCAUGCCGCUCUUCUUCGUCUCCCCGGUGUCCGUGGCAGCUUGCGUUUGGGGCUUUCGGCACGACAGGUCACUGGAGUUAGAAAUCCUGUGUUCUGUCAACAUUCUCCAGUUUAUAUUCAUUGCCUUAAGACUGGACAAGAUCAUCCACUGGCCCUGGCUUGUGGUGUGCGUCCCCCUGUGGAUUCUCAUGUCCUUCCUGUGCCUGGUGGUCCUCUACUACAUCGUGUGGUCCGUCCUCUUCCUGCGCUCCAUGGACGUGCUCGCGGAACAGCGGCGGACGCACAUCACGAUGGCGCUGAGCUGGAUGACCAUCGUCGUGCCCCUCCUUACUUUCGAGAUCCUGCUGGUGCACAAGCUGGACGGCCACAAUGCGUUCUCUUGUAUCCCGAUCUUCGUCCCCCUGUGGCUUUCCUUGAUCACCCUGAUGGCAACCACGUUCGGCCAGAAAGGCGGAAACCACUGGUGGUUUGGUAUCCGCAAGGAUUUCUGUCAGUUUCUGCUUGAAGUCUUCCCGUUUUUGAGAGAGUACGGAAACAUUUCCUAUGACCUCCACCACGAAGAGAACGAGGAAACCGAAGAAACGCCAGUUCCAGAACCUCCGAAGAUCGCUCCUAUGUUUCGAAAGAAGGCCAGGGUAGUUAUCACCCAGAGCCCUGGAAAGUAUGUCCUGCCACCUCCCAAGCUAAAUAUCGAGAUGCCAGAUUAGACGCCACUUUCCGGGACCGAUGGUGAGCGGCCCUGGCCCGGCGCUCCCUCCUGCCUUCCCUCUGCCUGUCCGCUCACCCCGCCCGGAACUGGGGCUGGAGCUGGGUCUCCGGCCACGUCCAUCUCAUGCCUUGUUUGCACUCAAUGCCUACCGUGACUCACCGCAACGGGGCACACAGGUGGCAGGUGACUGGAACACGCAGUGUGGCGUGGGGCGUGUGGCAGCGGGUGUGGGUCUGCGGCGGGGGGCGCGGGUGGGAGGGGGAAGGCGAUUCCCCCGGGCAGGCGCCCGAGGAGCUGGCACGGAUCCACCUGGGAUGGCCAAUUAGGCCAGAGAAGCAGGGUCUACGCGGCUGGUAUUAUUCAAAAGUGUUACUUCAAGGUGUAUUUUUAGACCAGGCCGGCCUGGCCGCGCGGAUGCUCCCGUUGUGGCAUGGUCGGUGGGAGCCGUAGCCACGCCUCUGGCCGACGAGCGUGUGCGCUCCGCCAGGCUGCUCGUGCUCCUGCUGUGGACAUAGGUUCUCUCGGGCGUGCCGACCGCAGUUUUCAAUGGCCCCAUUGGCGAGCCCUUUCUAAUGGAGUGACUCCGUGCCUGUAUAGUAUUUAUACAAAUAUUUUAGCAUUGUAAUAUACCGUGUUAAAUCCUAGUUCUGUACAGUAUAUUCUGUUAAAGUAUUUUUUUACAAGCUUGUACUGGAGACUUACACGUUCUGUUGCAGAAGUAGACGCCAGUGGCACAUCUGCCCUGCCCAUUGGGGUGCCACCCCUUCGGGGGACAUUGCCAUGACCCCUGAAAUUUCUCCAUCUACCUAGUAGCUGCUACUGCCAGAACAGCCACGAUAAGCAAGACAUGGUUUAUGCUUUUUCUAGCAUUCUGGGAAUAUUGGCUUUGCAGCAAACUGCAAAGCACGACUGGAGACUGAACACCAGGACUAGAAACAGCUAGCAGCGUGUGUGUUGAGCUCCGUGGCUUUUUCUCUGCCCCCAGCGAGAAGGCUUCUGGCUGGGCACACGCUUUUAGCUCGGAGUGCCGUUGCUCCAAGAGCCGGGGCUGCAGCCUUGGAGCAGAGGAAGAAAGCAGAUGCCCUAGGGUAAGAGCCUUCUGCCUGGGAACGAGGAGGCCGGCCUGUAAAGAGGGUGCGAGGAGCAUCGACGUUCGCACCCCGGAGUGGAGCCAACGGAGAAGCGGGCAGCUGCUACAGUGUCCCCGUGGGGCGGCACUGGCAGCCAAUGUGUACAGCCCCGCAGCCUGGCACCGGCCUGCGGCCGCCUGUCGACCUAAAAGGGAUGAUGCAGUGGUGUAGCCUUUCCUGCUUGGUGUGUAACAAAUGUAGCUCCAUCCACCGUUUUUGCUCCCUACAGCAGCUCAAUAAACUGGUUCCUCAUUUUCCAA